AUGAGAGAUGAGAUGAUGAAGACUCCAUUUGAUAUUGAUUUGAGUAUUUUUGUUGCUAUGAGUGACUCCAUGCAUGCUUAUCUAGUUAAUGAAUGUCACGUUGAUCCAGACAUAGCAGAUAGCUCUGGUAACACGGGAUUGCUUUACUCAGCACUGGGUGGUCACGUUGACCUCGUGAUUAUGUUUUUAAAGAAGAAGUGUAACGUGUCUCAGGUGAAUAGAGAAGGAUCGACUUUAUCAUUAUUAGCAUGUAAGAGUGGAGAAGUAGCAUUAGUUGAUCAGCUUAAGCAGUUUGGUAUUUUCUCAGAAGAUGACAUAGAUUUUAACGGAUGUGGAAUAGUAGAUUAUUGUGCUAUGAAUGAUAGUGUAGAGCUUCUAGUGUAUCUUUAUAAUAAUCAUAAAAGGGAAUUAUUUCAAAAAAGAGAUCGUUUUGGUGGAACACCACUUCAUAUAGCAUGCCAGUAUGCUUCAUCAGGUUUCAUUAUGAAAAUGGUUAAUAUUUUUGGAUAUAAAGUAUUACUAGAAGCUGAUUAUAGUGGUCGGUCUUCUCUUCAUUACUUAUGUAAGGGAUUGGUUGAUAAAUACUGCAUUACAGAAGUGUAUAACAAGCUCACUGCACCAUGUGAUAUACCUUUACUCAUGCAAAUUCCUACAUUUAAUGUCUAUUACAAGGAAUACUGGCAUAAAUACAUAUCACUUAAUAUAAAUUUUACUAAACAGCAUAAAAGAGGUAGAACACCUCUUCAAUAUUCAUGUUGGCAUGGUAAUGUUGAUCUCAGUCAAUACCUCAUUGAAGUACAAGAUAGUGACAUUAACAUAACAGAUAAUGGUAAAUGGAAUGCAUUAGAUCAUAGUGCUAAGAGUGGUAACAUGAAACUAGUUCAAUACCUCAUUAAUAAUCAUCAAUUGCGUCUCACAUCAUUUAUAUUACUUCAAGCAGUGCGUAGUACUAAACUAUCAUUAAUUAAAUUAUUAGUUAAUAAAUAUAAACUAGAUCCUCAAGUUAAAGCUAGUGACGGUAUGCAAACAGUUCAUUUUGCAGCUGAAGUUGGUGCUAUUGAUGCCUUGGAGUAUUUAGUAAAAGAUUGUGGAUGUGAUUUGGAUAGAGUAGGUGGAAUAGGCAACAUGAAUGUGUUUCAUCAUUCUAUGUUAAAUGGUCACUUUUCAUGUACUAAAUAUAUUAUUAAUAAUUAUCCACAAUAUACUAGUCUAUUACAUUCUACCGAUGAUAAUGAUGCUCUUCCAAUUCAUGAUGCCUGUGCUAGUGGUGUAUCACAACUAGUGACGUUUCUAAUUGAUGUAAUUAAAUGUGAUACAACUACUGAAGAUAAGAAUGGCUUUACUUGCGUCACACACGCAUGUGCCUCUGGUAAUCUUGAUCUGUUAAAAUUAUUAAUAAAACAAUACAACCUUAAUCCUAGAAUAUUCAGGAGCUCCUCAUCACCAGAAGCUGCAGUGGCAUUUGGAAAUGUUCAUAUGCUAGAAUGGCUCAGACAAGAGUAUCAUAUCAAUGUAGCCUCAUUUAAGAAUGGUGUAUUACCUUUUGCCGCUGUGCAUUUCAACCGUUUGUAUUGUUUAAAGCAUUUAUUAAACAAUUAUUCAUUUGAUAUUAAUGCCACUGAUCCUAGAAAUGAUACUCAAUCUACACUCCUUCACAUAGCAUGUCAGGAAGGACAUGUUGCUAUAGUUCUCUACCUCACUAGUCUUCCUCAGUUGGAGGAGCAUCAGUUGGAUCUCACUAUUAAAGAUUACAAUGGAAUAGCUCCAGUUCAUGUAGCCUGUGAAGAAGGAUCAUUGAGUAUAGUCAAGUACAUUAUAGACCAUUCACCAUUAUCUCUUGAUAUGACCGACUCUUUUGGACGUACUCCACUACUUAUUGCAGCUUUCUCUAAGAACCUUCCCAUCAUUCGUUACCUCAACAGUAAAAAAUGCAACAUUUCUAUACUGGACGAUAAAGGGUUUAACGUAAUACACAUAUCGGCAAAGGGAGGGUCUUUGGAUAUAUUGAGGUUUUUCAUUGAUGGUGGUUACUGUAAUCCUGAUAUCACUAAUGCUUCUGGUU